AUGAAGUUCCAAUUAUUGUUGUUACUGGUGUGCGCAUCACAAAUAUAUGCAGAUAAUGUUAUUCCACAAGUGAGGACCUGCACCAGGCUUGCGUCCCCUUGCUUCCUCAGACGCAUUAGUUGCCCGAGACAGUGCCCGUCCACUACCCCAACUGACCCAAAGGCAAAAGCUUGUUACGUAGACUGCAAUUCUCCAAUGUGCACCGCACAAUGCAAACAUCGGAAGCCGAGUUGCAAUGGGGCCGGGGCCGCCUGCUAUGACCCACGGUUCAUCGGCCCGGAUGGCGGCGUCUUCUACUUCCACGGCAGGAAAAACGAGCACUUCGCCCUCGUCUCGGACAAAAACCUCCAGAUCAACGCCCGCUUCAUAGGCCACAGGCCCACGGGCAGGGCCAGAGACUACACCUGGAUCCAGGCCCUGGGUGUCCGCUUCGGGCCCCACAACUUCUCCGUGGAGGCAACCGCGGCCGCCGAAUGGGACCAGGGCAAGGACCACUUGAGGUUCGGGUUGGACGGCCGAGAGGUGGUCCUGCCACUUGGCCACCUGUCCCAGUGGAGAUCUGAAAACGGUGACAUCACAUUGCAGAGGAUAACCGACACCAAUAGCAUAGUCUUGUCCGUAAACGAAAUCGUGGAGAUUGGGGUGAAUGCUGUCCCAAUAACCAAAGAGGACGACAGGGUACACAAGUACCAUCUACCGUCGGACGAUUGCUUUUCGCAUUUGGAGGUGCAGUUCAGCUUCUUCGGGCUGUCCAGCCAGGUGGAGGGUGUGUUGGGCCACACCUACCGGCCCGACUAUGAGGCCCCGUUAAGGUUGGGCCUUGUGAUGGCAGUGGUUGGUGGGGAGGAUAAGUAUAGAACCACGUCACUUUUCUCGGCCGACUGUAAGAAAUGCGUUUUUGAUCAAAAUGGGCUUGCGCAGGGCCUGAAGAUAGUGAUGGAUCACGGGACGACCAUGGAUUGCUCGGCUAAAUUUUCCGGUGGAAAUGGGAUUGUUUGCAAGAAGUGA